CUCGACAACCUCCCAAUUCCUGGAAAAACAGUCAUUGUCAUCGGUGCUAGUGGAGGUCUCGGUCUCGAAGCUGCCCGACAUUACGUUCGUUUAGGAGCAUCCCGAGUCAUCCUAGGAGUUCGGUCACAGACCAAAGGCGAUGCUGCCAAGAGGAACAUCGCCUCUAGUCUCAGCCCCGAAGUAAUCAAGUCAUGCACCAUUGAUGUCUGGAUUAUUGAUCUGGCAUCGUUCGAAUCAGUGAAAGCAUUUGCGGAGCGGGCCACAAAGGAGCUUUCAUCAAUCGAUAUUGCCUUGCUCAAUGCUGCUGUCGACAAGGCUCAAUUCGGACUCACAAAGGAUGGAUGGGAGGAGACUUUGCAAGUAAAUGCUCUGGCGACGACAUUUUUGGCUCUGCUGCUACUUCCAAAGAUGCGACAGUCAUCACGACCCGACUGGAAGCCGUGUCUGAGCAUUGUAGCCUCGAGAGGGCACCAAAUGGUGUCGGAUGGAGCACCUUGGCAAGACGCUCCGAACUGUCUCGAAGCGCUGAACAAAGAGGAAAACUUUGGAAAGUCAGCCGACAGAUAUUGCGUUUCUAAGCUGCUUGUCAUCUAUGCGGUUAGGGAGGUUGCGAAGCUUGCUCUCUCACCCCACGGUGAACCAGACGUCGUGGUGAAUUAUUCAUGUCCGGGGGCGUGUAAAUCGGAUUUGGCCCGGGAAUCGGAUUCCGUAGGGAAAAAGGUUGGGCUUGCUGUCGUUCAGGCGACGAUUUGCAAGACGACGGAGGAAGGUUCCAGGACAAUCGUCUUUGCGAGCGGUCUUGGCGUACAGAGCCAUGGAUUGUGGUAUCACAAGGAUAGAAUUGCAGAGCCUGGAGUGCUGGUGUCGAACGAAAGGGGGAAAAAGCUCCAAGCAAAGAUUUGGAAGGAGAUGAUGCAAGUUUUGGAG